UCCAAGUGGGCAUAUAGGCUGGUCAAUGUAUACUCAUAAACACCUGGUUUAAUUUGUAUAUUCUUUAUCAUUAUCAUUUCUGUUAAUUCUAGAUAUCUAUCGCGACCCUUUGCCCACCUAUAGGUGUGUAGUAUCAUCCUGCGCCAUACCACUGUGUUUACUCUGAGAUAUUGCUUCUAUUAAUUUGGCAAUAUGGCUCAAUCAGAUGCUGCUCGCCAGCGCCGUAAGCGCGUUCUAGGAGACUCUACUAAGAGGCUCAAUUCUCUUAGUAAGCCUGAGUACGAUGACGAUGAAUCUGAGCCUCCCACAUCUUUUGUGGAGGAGGUUUUUCGUACUCAGAGUGGUAAAAAGACGCCUGCCAAAAAGAAGGAGGAUAAGUCUGAUGUGUAUUCGUUGAAUCACGUAUCUACUCGUCGCAUUGCAUUCUUCAACAUAUUGAGCUACGUGGUCAGCUUUAUUUUUGGUACUUACGCCUGUUACACUUUACACGCUGAGCGUGUAAGUAUGUACUGCCCAUUUUUCUUUCGUGGUUUGUUCUUCAUGAUGGAUAAGUUCGGCGUAGGUCGUAUGAUAAACCAUGCAAUGGAUCUUUGGAUAAAUGCUCCAUUGUAUGUUCAUAAGAAAACUGUUAUGGCCCUGACGUAUGGUUCAAUGAUGAUGAGUUUGUAUCCUCUAUUUUCUUCGUUUUUUACGACUAAUGGCAAAAAGAAGCCCUCUGAAACUGAGAAUUCAAAUGAGGAGGAAGAGAAGGCUGAUCAGUAUGUUGACAUAAGCGAGGAACAGCUGAUCCGAUUUGGUUCAUUUGUUGCUCGUUCGGCUGCUGCGUGUCUUGUAUUUGGACUUUUGGGUUACGACGGUCUAUAUAACAUGCCGAGCAUCAUUACAUUUCUCCGAUAGAUUAACACUAUUCAACAUUAGUAGUUAGAGUUCAUGUGUAUGUAUAU